AUUAAUACACGUAUAUUCUUUUGGAGUUUGUUGUAUAAAUAUUUUGGAGUUUGAUUCCGCUUGCCAAUUAAUAAUGUGUGUUCUACAUUGGAAUGUUGUCCUAAAAUAUGUGUGUGUGAAGUAAACUAAUUUCAAUGAAUUAUGGAUUGUUGAGUAGUAUGUCGAUUUAUAAUAUUGUAUAUAAUUUAUUUUGUAUAAACUUAACCACCCAAAUCAAUGUGUUCAAUUGGUACGAAUCAUUUACACCCAUUUUUUUGGCGGCUCAUGGACGACCACUUCCUCGGGGGAGGAAAUGGAUAGUGUCAGAAGGGAGAUUGCCUGAAAAUCAACAAAGGUCCCGAGUUUUCCUAUAUCACAAUGAUACUAAUAUUUUCGUAUUCUGUUUCACAGCGACGGUGUGGUCUCGUCGUGGUUCGUCCAGCUCGCUCGGCAAGCCGCCGCCGCCAGUGCGACGGUCUUCAUCCAUAUCUAGACCGCAGCGACCUCCUUAUAUGCAAAACACAGCCAGCCCAGGCCUCGGCGACUCGGAGUUGCCCCCUCCGCCCGCCUUCUUGCUUCAGCCUGACGCCGACGCCGGUGAUUAUGACUCACACAUAAACGUAGCAGAAACAGUCAAACAACUGACCGAGUUGAAACACAUGCCGGCUUCACCCGGCAUCGUCCGCCGGAGUCUUCAACAGUUGCAGAACCAGAACAACGCCAACCCCCCCUCUCCGACACAACCCUCGCUCUCAACCUUCCAACAAGCGAAGAGCAACUUCUCCUCAAGCACCAGUCUGAAUAGCACCGGGAACCUGAACCCGAUUUAUGGGCAGACGGGUCAUCGGAUUAUGGCCUACGUCGAGAAUUCCAUGUAUGUGAGGAAGAAUAGUUUGAAUAGCUCCAAUUCGGAUCUGCUUAGGGAUAGUAAUUCGGGUAUAUACGGUGAAGGCCGCGGCUCCCCCCACGGGUCGUCUCCCUCCACCCCGAGCUACGGCGAGAACAACUCCUUCUCCAGCUUCGGGCCCAGGAUGUCCAGCGAGUCGCAUUACGGACAGACUGGCUUCAAAAUGCAACAAGAGCGUCAGGACAAGAAGUACCAGAACACGAUAUACGCUCAGCCGUCGGACAUAAUCGCGGGCUUCAACAGCAUGUCGCGACACGACGCGCUCAGCCCGCUCGCGCUGCGCAAGAACAUCGCCGCCAGGUCGCACAGCGCUGACAGACAUCAUCUCGAACAAGGCGGGCUGAUCGCGAGCCUGAGCGCUAAGCUGGCGCCGCAGCUGUCGCCGCGCACCUCACGCCGCGCCAUCUCCACUAUCACUGCUGCUGACCCCCCGGCCAAGGGGAAAGGCACAAUCCCUAGCGCGGUCCAGCCCGCCUUCCUGGACAAGCUGUCGGCCACCAUCCAGCAGCAGCGGCGGCAGCUCGACUCCUCGCGCGCCAAGUGCGUGCGGGACAUGAUCAGUGCACAUGCACAGCCCGACCCCCGAGCAUGUCACACGUCCCUCAUGGAACAGAUAAAGCGCGGCGCAACACUCCGCCGCAACAAGCACUGCAACGACAGGUCCGCGCCUAAAAUACGAUAAGUAUCGUCCACGCUGUCACGACACUACACACGAUGUAGCCUUAAUGAUCACUUGAUACUCGAUACUCGAUGGCUAUGGGAUGUCGGCAAUGAUAUGUUAAAUGUGUAAUGAUGAAUUGAUACUAAAGUUAGGUAUCUACUAGCUUUUCGCCCGCGGCUCCGCCCGCGCCGAUGUCGGUUAUAUCG